AUGGCAACGGGUAUGUAUACUAAAGGAUACAUAGAGUUUAGUGCCAUCCAUCAAAAACAUUGUGUUCUAGAUUUGAACGAAGCCAGGAAAAACUUGGACGAAGUUUUAAGCGAUGAUUUACGCAAGGAGUACUUCGCUUUGCUGCGAAAAUGGCUUUCUUUCACCUCUAACAUGGACAAUGACGAAUUCAACGAGGCCGUAAAGAAAAUAUUGGUUACCAAUGAACAAAUUCAAUGCCACAACAAAUACAUGUACUAUAUCUUGUACAAAGUCAAUUCAAUACCCAGUCCGACCACCACCUCGAUGCCGAGCAGUUCGAUGCCUGUGAAUGUCGAUUAUGAGAUCCGCAGUGCUGCUGCUGAACUUUUUGUGCCGGACAGUGGCUUCAUGACCAGUCGGAUUUCAGUGGCAGCUUGGAUGAACGGAAUGGAAGCUGCUGAUCCAGCGUGUACGGAUCUGUUGCUGCACGCAUGCCAGGUAUUCAUAAAAAAUAUAAUAACAGCUAUGAUUUCGAAGAAGAAAGGGUACAAGAUAAGGGAACGGAAGUUGCAAUAUGGCUUUAAUCAGCCAAUUCCAGAUCCAUUGUUGAGAAACUAUAAUUCCUUGGAAGAUUAUUCCCAGGAGAAUAAGGUGGAGGUGGAAGAAGACUGCGACUAUUUCAAACCAAUGUGCAAACUGUCACUGGAAAGAGCCGAACAACAGAUGGCGUUCGCGUACACUUGUGCCGGGGGGAAAACCAGUAGCGACAACCUACUUACUACAAAACUGUUUUACAGUACCCUUAGAGAUAAUCCUAAACUGUUAGGGUCGCACUCUAUACAAAGCGUCGCCUUGUUCAAAUUGGGGCUGCACAUUGACGAUGAAUAG